AUGGUCGGGAAGCGUGACGAGCGCAAGAGGGUCAAGCCAGAGCAGUCCCAACAACAACAGCCCGCUACCUCCCGGCGCAGGGCCUGCGGCCUCAACGAUGCGGUACCUAGGUCCCCUCCCCCGGGCCUGAACUCCUCUCGGACCGAAAUAUUUCUCCAUAUCAAGGAGAAAGGCCUUCUCAAAGACCCCUACCCAAUGAGGAGUCCGCGCAAGCUCGCGGACCGCUCUAAAUACUGCCGUUUCCACCGGCAGCCCGGUCACGACACCGAGGAGUGUCGAGAAUUAAAAAGGCAAAUUGAGGAGCUCAUCCGCCGAGGGCACCUCGGCUCAUACCUUCGACCAGACAAGGAGCUCUCGCCACGCCCGGAGGGCCCCAUCGAGCGACACAUAGAUGUCAUAACCGGCGGCCCGACGUCCGGAGGGAGUUCCAUGGCGGGCAGAAGGGCAUACGCCAGGGCCUCCCGGGCUGAAGAUUCCAAACCUGAAAAAGGCCCCGAAGUCACCUUCCCGACUGACGGACCUGAACUAGCCGAGCAUGACGAUGCGUUGGUAAUAUCAGCCAGAAUCGCCAACGCGCAAGUGAGAAGGAUCAUGGUCGACACUGGAAGCUCGGCCGAUAUACUUUAUUGGGACGCCUUCCAAAAGCUCGGCCUGGUAAAGGAGAACAUGAAGCCGGUAUGCUCAACGCUCACGGGGUUCACCGGCGCCUCAAUCUCGUCACUAGGGGUCAUCACCCUGCCCCUAACUUUGGGAGCCUUCCCGAAGGCGAAAACUGUGAUGACCUCCUUUCUGGUGGUCGACCUCCCCACGGCAUACAACGCCAUCCUAGGACGGCCAACCCUCAACAAGACCCGAGCCGUCAUCUCAACUUACUAUCAAACCAUCAAGUUCCCGACUCACGAUGGGGUCGGGGAAGUGGCGGGGAACUCCUGGGAGUCCAGGCGCUGCUACUUGGCCGUUGUGUCAUUAAACAAGAGAGCAAGGAUCCAAUCCCCGCUGGAAGACCCCCGGGAGGGAAAAAAACCAACCCCCCGUCCCGAGCCGAAGGAAUCCACCAUCGACUUACCACUGGUCGAAGGAAGGCCCGAUCAAACAGUCAAAAUCGGGUCAGGACUCCCCGAACAAGAACAACGGCAGCUCGUCGGUCUUCUGCGAGCCAACGCCGACAUCUUCGCUUGGACGCCAGCCGACCUAGCGGGAGUCCACCCGGAAGUCGCGCUGCACCGCCUGAACAUCUCGUCCGACGCCCGCCCGGUGAAACAGAGGCCCAGGCGGCAGGCCCCGGAUCGGCAACUGGCCAUCCGAGAAGAAGUAAACCGGCUUCUGGCGGCCGGUUUCAUAGAAGAGGUAAGUCUCAACAAUGCUUGCCCAAAAGAUUGCUACCCCCUGCCGAAGAUCGACCAGCUGGUCGACGCCACGGUCGGCCACGCCCGACUCUCGUUUAUGGACGCCUUCUCCGGGUACAACCAGAUCAGGAUGGCACCCGAAGAUCAAGAACAUACAGCCUUCCUCACCGAGCAAGAGAUAUAUUUUUACAAAGUUAUGCCGUUCGGGUUGAAAAAUGCCGGGGCAACCUACCAGAGGACGGUGAACCAGAUGUUCGCCCACCAGAUCGGACGAAACAUGGAGGUGUACGUCGACGACAUGAUCGUAAAGAGCCGAACGGCGGAGGCUCAUCCUUCCGACCUGGCAGAAACAUUCGACACUCUGCGGAGGUUCGGCCUGCGCCUCAACCCCGCCAAAUGCGCCUUCGGCGUAACCUCGGGAAAAUUCCUCGGAUUCAUCAUACACGAGAGAGGGAUCGACGCCAACCCGGAAAAGAUACAGGCCAUCAUUGACAUGCGGCCUCCUCGGACGAUCAGAGACCUACAGCGCCUUAACGGGAGGCUAGUCGCUUUAUCGCGUUUCCUCUCCCGAUCGGGAGAUCGCUGCCACUCAUUCUUCCAGGCCCUGAAGGAUCCGAAGAACUUCCGAUGGACGGCGGAAUGCGAGAGGGCCUUCGAGCAGAUGAAGCUACACCUGGCCAGCCUCCCUCGACUCGCUUCGAUCUCCCCGGGGGAGAAGUUGGGCCUCUACCUUGCCGUCUCCCGGCACGCGGUCAGUUCGGUUCUAGUCAAAGAAAUCUCCGGCGAUCAACUGCCGGUCUACUACGUCAGCCACAUGCUGAGCGGGCCAGAAGAACGCUACCCGCCGAUCGAAAAGCUGGCGGUGGCGCUCGUCUUGUCGGCACGGAAGCUCCGCCCUUACUUCCAGGCCCACCCGAUAGAGGUAAUAACUGAUCAGCCGCUUCGGCUUGUUCUGUCCAAAUUCGACGUUGCAGGGCGUCUCCUCAAAUGGGCAGUGGAGCUCGGCGAGCAUGACAUACAGUACGUACCUCGGACCGCCAUCAAAGCCCAGUCCGUGGCAGACUUCAUUGCGGAGCUGAUCCCGAAUACAGGCGAAGAACUCGAGCCACCGCGUGACACGUGGACCCUCCACGUAGAUGGCUCGGCCAACGCAAAAGGCGCCAGCGCAGGGCUGGUACUGGUAACACCUGACGGCCGCUCGAUUGAGCGCUCCUUCCGCUUCGGGUUCAGGGCCACCAACAACGAGGCAGAAUACGAGGCUCUCUUGGCGGGGCUCCAGUUGGCACUAGAAAUGCGGGUGACCGACAUACGCGUCAUCACCGACUCACAGCUGGUGGCUAGGCAGCUCGACGGCGAAUACGAGGCCCGGGACCCGACUAUGGCGAAAUACCUAGCACAGGUAAGAAGCCUUACCGCCAGGUUCACCCAUUUUGAAUUGUCGAAUGUUCCCAGGCGCGAGAACCAGCGAGCCGACACCCUGGCUAAACUGGCGUCCGGCCCGGCUCCCUGGGCUCGGCCCGAGACCGAAGAACUCCCCCGCCGAGCCAUAGAGGUCGUCGCCACCGUCGCUCACGGCGCGCCGGCCACUUGGGUACAGGAGAUGUUACGCUUCAAGCAGGACGGGACCCUGCCCGACAAUACAACUACAGCUCGGCGCUUGCGUCGGACGCAGGCGUGGUACACCGAGGAAGGAGGACGGCUGUACAAGCGGUCCUUCUCGCGCCCCCUGUUGCGCUGCCUGGAGCCGAGCGAAGCCUGGACGGUUCUGUCCGAUAUGCACGAAGGGGCCUGUGGGGAACACAUAGGCGAACGAGCCCUGGCGCACAAGGUACUCCGACAGGGGUACUACUGGCCGACCAUGCGCCAGGACGCAAAAGCUCUCGUGCGGCGGUGCAGCUCAUGCCAGGAGCACGCCCGCACCGCCCGACGGCCGACGGUCCUAUUCACCCCCGUCGACUGUGCCUGGCCAUUUGCGCAAUGGGGACUGGACAUACUCGGGCCUCUCCCGCCCGCCUCCGGCCAGCGGAAGUACAUUAUCGUGGGAGUGGACUACUUUAUCAGAUGGGUCGAAGCCGAGCCCCUAGCAACCAUCACGGAGUCGCAAGUGGAAAGGUUCGUGUGGAGAAACAUCAUAACUCGUUUCGGCCUGCCCCAGUCCAUCGUCACCGACAAUGGACCUCAGUUCGCCGGCAGGAAAUUCUAG